AUGCCGAAGAAGAGACUCCAGUUCAAACAAUAUUCCAAACCGCAGUCGACUGCUCCAGCUUCGUUGAGCUCCACCGCUGCGGGCGCCGGCAGCCACAAUGGUGAAUCAGAAAGUCGUGGUGUCAACCAGCUGCUCGCUGAAAUGCGCCGUUUGGGUGUGAACAGUAAUAGCAAUGCUCAAGGUGCAUUAGAUGUUCGGCCCACGGUGCCACCGGUCAUCCGGGACAUUUUCCAGCUACCCGAGACACCGGCGCCUAGGCCGCGUCCGGGUCGGGGCCGGGGUGGACCCCGUGUGGAUGCCUCCGGUAGAAGGCUGCCUCCCGGUCCGGCCCCGCCCCAGAGCUGGCUGAAUCGGCCGGCACACGGAAUGAUUUCCACAGUGCCUCAUCAGUCUGGCUCAGAAGGACGCCGCCUUGACCGGCAUAUGUUGCCUGAGUUGAACCUUCCGGCCAGAGGUAGUCUAGUCGACUUGACCCUCCGGCAGUUCGCACGCAGCUGGGAUUUCCAAAGAGAGUACUGUCACUACCAUCUCUACCAUCUACCCACACACCUCCGCGAAGCACUAGUGGCCUAUCUCAGCAUAUGGAGGGACCCCGGCCACGUCACCCUCGCAGACCUCAAAGCCAUUCUCCUCCCUCCACAAAAGCAAGAAGACGACGAUGACGAAGACGCCGAGCUGCUAGAAGAGGACUAUCUAGAUCCCAGCAUCGCCAAUAAAGACUUUCACCACCUCGACCUCUCUCAUUCCAUCGGCACCUCCCUCUCCCUCCACGAGCUCACCAACUUGCUCUUCCCUCCCAAACCCUCCGCCACCAAAACCGUACCGCCGUGUCUCUGA